GUUUAUUUCUGUUACGAUGCAAAGCAAAACAUUGAGACGUCUGUGCAGAUGAGGCAAGUGGUUCACAAUCGGUGAAAAACUAAUAUUUAAGUGAUUUGGAAUAGCCUUAUCACAAAAUGAAGCCAAACUUUCGGUGGAAGGAGAGUGGUGGCAGGAAAACAGCUUCACCCAAGAGCAACUCCUCCACAUCAGAACAACUAAGAACUGUACAAACCAUUGCAGCAGAAAGAAUAACAGAAGAUACUGAAUCGGAUAACUUCCUAAUACAAUUACAAUAUGCAUCGAGAGAAAGCUCAGAACAAAAGAAAAGUCAAAUGUGUUCAUGUAGUUCAAAAGUAGUGAAUUCUAGAACUAGAAAUGAAAGCUAUUGGUGGACUCAUAAGUGGAGGGUGAAGUGGAGGCAUGACUGGAGGAUUAGCUUAGGGUUAUUGUUAGUCUUGUGUGUGUUAAGUAGAGUAACUCACGGAGCACUUGAUACUACCUCCAUCAACAGUGGUGACACCCAUGACAGUGAAGACAAUAUAAUGUUUGUAGCAAGAAGACUCAGUAGUGUGACUCAGGCUGAUUACAUAAAUGAUGUAGAUCACGAGCCUGUAGUGAAAGAUAGUGUAAAGGAUAAUUCGGAUAAGCUAAGCAAUAGACCAACACGAGAACCAUGUGGCAGAAGUCGAGGCCAGCAAGUGAAAAUCCAGUAUUCUUCUAGCAUUGUGGAAAAUGAAUACAUCGUAGCAUUUAAAGGAUACUACAGGCAAGAGGCACGUGAACGUUUUAUUGAGGCUGCAUUAAAUGAAUCCAAUGUGGUUCGGUGGGAGGUCCUGCCACGUGAUAAUCCAGCUAGUGACUACCCAAGUGAUUUUGAUGUUGUUCAGAUUCAAGAGCUGCAUAGGAAUGGUGGAUUAGAUGCCCUUAAGGAUCAUCCAGCUGUGAAGAGAGUAACUGCACAACGCAUGGUCAUUCGACACCUUCAUUUUGUUAAUGACACAGAUGAUGAUGCCGCUGAUGUGUGGGAUGAAAUUCUUUUUGCAAAUAUUUCGGAGGUUGAUGAAAGAAUUAUUAUGUAUAAUAUUAGUGGCACAGAUAGUACUGUCAUAGCUGAUGAAUCUGAUGAGGCAGAGGUGGAUGACACAGGUGAAAUAGAGACAGAUGUAGAUUAUGAUAGCUAUUUAUCAGAGAUAAGUUCUAACAAGAUUGAGGUUGAGCAAAAGAAGAAAGAUAGACAAUGUAAUGGAGCUGAAUGUGGCCAAGAAGAUGAAAAGGGCACCUGGCCUGCCUCAAGACCCCUUCGACGUUCAUCUUUAACAUUAGGGACAGCAUUCUGGCAGACGACUGGACGGCACUCUAGCCGCCGCCUCCUACGUACAAUUCCAAGGCAGAUCACAUCCACCUUGCAAGCUGAUGUGCUUUGGAGUAUGGGUAUAACAGGUGCUGGGGUCAGAGUAGCUGUAUUUGACACUGGACUUUCAAAAUCUCACCCUCACUUCAAGCGCAUUAAGGAACGCACUAACUGGACCAAUGAAAAAACUUUAGAUGAUGGGCUGGGUCAUGGCACAUUCGUGGCAGGUGUAAUAGCAUCAAGUGGAAAAACGUGUCUUGGGUUUGCCCCUGAUGCCGAGUUGCACAUCUAUCGUGUCUUUACUAAUAAUCAGGUUUCAUACACAUCUUGGUUCCUGGAUGCCUUCAACUAUGCUAUCUUGAAAAAGGUGGAUGUGCUGAAUCUAAGCAUUGGAGGGCCAGAUUUUAUGGAUCAUCCCUUCGUUGAUAAAGUGUGGGAGUUGACAGCCAACCGAGUCAUUAUGGUUUCAGCUAUUGGGAAUGAUGGACCUUUGUAUGGAACCCUUAACAAUCCAGCGGAUCAGAUGGAUGUGAUUGGGGUUGGUGGCAUAAAUUUUGAAGAUCAAAUAGCACGCUUUUCAUCGAGGGGUAUGACAACUUGGGAGCUCCCUCAGGGGUAUGGUCGUGUCAAACCAGACAUUGUUACAUAUGGCUCUUUAGUGCAGGGCUCAAGCAUGGAAGGGAAGUGUCGGCAGUUGUCUGGCACUUCAGUAGCGUCGCCUGUGGUAGCUGGAGCUGUCACCCUUCUGGCAAGUGGUGUUCUUCAUCGAGGAGGCAUUAUUAACCCUGCCAGUAUGAAGCAAGCAUUGAUGGCCUCUGCUCGUAGGCUACCGGGUGUUAACAUGUUUGAGCAGGGACAUGGCAAACUGGAUCUAGUGAAAGCAUAUCAAGUCCUUUCUAAGUACAAACCACAGGCAUCGUUGAGUCCCAGCUAUAUAGAUCUUACUGAGUGUCAGUAUAUGUGGCCAUACUGUACACAACCACUUUACUAUGGUGCUAUGCCAGUCAUUGUGAACGUCACAAUCCUGAAUGGUAUGGGGGUGUCAGGACGCAUUGUUGAGAAACCGAUAUGGCAUCCUUAUACGCCUCAGUAUGGCCAUCAUCUUGAUAUUGCUUUUACCUAUUCUGAGGUAUUAUGGCCAUGGUCAGGUCAUCUUGCAGUUUGGAUUACCGUUGCAGAGAGUGGCAAGGAGUGGGAAGGUUUUGCUCGGGGUCAUAUUUCUGUUACCAUUGAAUCUCCUCCAGAAGAGGGGGAGACACAGCCAAGGACCUCACAUGUCAAACUUCCUGUUAAAGCCAAGAUGAUACCGACACCACCACGACACAAGCGCGUUCUCUGGGAUCAGUUCCAUAAUCUGCGUUAUCCUCCUGGAUACUUUCCCAGAGACAAUUUACGGAUGACUAAUGAUCCUCUUGACUGGAAUGCUGAUCAUAUUCAUACCAAUUUUAAGGAUAUGUACCAGCACUUGCGCAACAGUGGUUAUUACAUUGAAGUUUUGGGUUCUCCAUUUACUUGUUUUGAUGCCAGCAAAUAUGGAACACUAAUGAUUGUUGACCCUGAAGAAGAAUAUUUUCCAGAGGAAGUGACAAAAUUACGACGAGAUGUAGAGAAAGGAUUAUCUGUAAUAGUUUUUGCUGAUUGGUACAAUGUUAAUGUCAUGAAGAAAGUGAAGUUUUAUGAUGAAAAUACCAAGCAGUUGUGGAUGCCAGUUACAGGUGGAAGCAACAUUCCUGCUCUCAACUACCUGCUGGCCUCCUGGGGAGUGGCACUAAGUGAUGGUGUGUAUGAAGGUGAUUUUACACUUGGUGAUCGUGACAUGUACUACGCCACGGGAACUUCACUUGCACAGUUUCCACGGGAGGGCACUGUUGUUCGUAAGACACUCAGUGAUCAUGCCAAAGAGAUGCUGGAAGCAGAAAGUGAGAGUGUACCAGAUGUCCCAAUCUUAGGUUUGCUCCAGACCAAAGGUAACACUAAUGAAGAAGUAGGUGAUAACAGUCAGCAUCAUUGUGGUCGCUUGGUCGUGUAUGGCGACUCUAAUUGCCUAGACAACAGCCACCUUCAGAAAGAUUGUUUCUGGAUGCUUGAUGCCCUGCUUGAGUUCACCACCACAGGGCACUUGGCAGGGGUAUUUACUUCAAGUGCUGGAUUGCCAGUUCCUCCAACAACAGACUUACCCACCAAGAUGGAAAAUAGCAACUUACAUAAACAUUCAAAGGUUGUUGAGCACACGCUGGGGAUGGAACAAAUGCGACCACUGCCCGAAUGUCCUACAUUACUGCCCGUCACACCACAGCCUCUUAAUGUAUCCAACAAAAAUCUUAACAUCCAUGUGGGUCUGAAGUUGCUGUCUCAACCAGAGAUUGUAGCAGCAGUGAAGGUAGCACCAGUUGAUGUUCAGCCAUUGCCCCUGGACACUCAAGGUGGUAGCCAAGGGGAUGCUGCUGCUGCUGGCUCUUCCAAUGCAGGUGGUGCAUUGGGAACUCUCCCGUACUCAACUGAAAGGAUUCCCGCAUUUGCUGUUCUGUCCGUGCUGAUGGUUGUGCUACUAGUGUGUUAUUGGUACAGGUCACGCCACCGCCCUAAGCGUAGACGCAACAAAUUACGUAAAGUGGUCAUGGCUGCCAUUAACGGUCGUCUGCCAUCGGUGUGACCCCACCCACAUGUAUUAAGAAUGUGUUGGGCAUGGUUUGCAGUACAGUAUCUUAAUUUAUAAAUAUUAAAUGUAAAAAGCAAUUGUUAAUUUAUUACAUAAUUUUUAAUUGUUAUAGUGACUUUUCACUCUAUUAUUGUUUUCCGUUUUUGUAGUUAAAAUUCAAAAAUUAUUAUUUCUCUCAGAUGCUCCUUGAGUCUGAGCCAUUAUGGCCGAUGUAGGACUGAAAUCUAUCACUAGGGAUCACCUUGAUCUUGUUCCCUAAGUGACAAAUAUCUUUGUAAAUGGACUUACCAGGGAAAAAGGAGACAGUGGCAAGUCUAACUCAAGCCACCACUGAGAGACCAGCUUGCUCUUGUACAAAUGAUUGAGCAUUGUUUUCAACACUCAUUGCUCCUGAAAUUAAUACUGUAAUUGAAAGCAUGAUGAAUGACAAUUUCUGCUUGAUUAACUAAGCUACCACCAGGUGACAGGACUUGUCACCAAAACUGAUUUGGUGAAGCUAACAACCUCCCUUCGUGGUCUGGUUACCUUGAGGUUAUCUUGAGGUGCUUUCGGGGCUUGAGUGUCCCCGCGGCCCGGUCGUCGACCAGGCCUCCUGGUUGCUGGACUGAUCAACCAGGCUGUUAGACGCGGCUGCUCGCAGCCUGACGUAUGAGUCACAGCCUGGUUGAUCAAGUAUCCUUUGGAGGUGCUUAUCCAGUUCUCUCUUGAACACUGUGAGGGGUCGGCCAGUUAUGCCCCUUAUGUGUAGUCCAACAAAGCUCUCUCAACAAAGCUCAACAAAGCAACAAAGCUCUAGGGCUCUCUGGUACCAACAAACAUAUCUUAUUGACACUGCAAGGCUGAGAGAGUUGAGAUUUUUCCUUGUUUUUUCUUGAGAUUUACCGUAGCAAGGGAUUUCCAUGCUUUAUAGUUUCUACCUAAGGCUUGAGCUUUCUUCUUAGGAGACAAACACUAGUGAGAAUGUUUUCCACUCUUUUAUAUGCGAGGAUUGUGAGAUAGAUUUAAUCUUUCGGGUGAUAGUUGAGUGUGUAAUGUAACUUUUGUUUAACCCUGGGUUGUCUUCACCUUACCUUUUCUUUGUUGUACAGGGUAGGGUAAAUGUACUGUACUUAUAAUAGAACACAUCUAUUAUGAAUGGGUUUUCUCCCUGGGAUCUGUUUUGGGCACUGGAUUUUGUUUCACUGUUCUUGAGUCAUAUUCUGUUAUGUGCAAGUUUCCUAAGUACAACACUGAGGUUCAUGAGUCAGGCACUCAUCCUUACUGCCUCUUCUAAUCCUCUUGUUGAUUGUAGGGUCUAUUUUUUACCCUGUGGCUGUGAAUAUCAUUGGGUGUGGAUGUCAAUCCUGUCCAUACCUUCUUUUUUGUUUUGCUCCAUAUCAGGCAGUGGUUCAGUUUUGGGCUCUUUUUUUUUUUUUUUUUUUUCCUCCUGACAAGGUUUGAUAUUGUGUCUUUAGGUCUCAAUACUUUGUAGUCUCCUUCUAAAACUGAAAAAGGUUGGCUUGUUCCAGAUCUUAGGGCUCUUUUUGGUUAAUCAAUAUGUUAUUUUGAUUGCAUAUCUCUUGCUUAGAUUGGAUCUGUCCUCUCUUUUUUUUAAAUUGGGGAAAUAUAUUAUUUUGCAUUCAUCCCUCCUGUGUUCCUUAAGAGCCCUUUUUUUUUUUUUAAUGUUGAACAUCAUCCUAGAUUUUUGUCCUCCAAUCGGUUUGUUCUUACCCAAUGGUACUUCAGUUGUCAAGCUUGAUAUUAUUCUUCAGUAGCUGGAGGGUUUGUCGUUUGGUCUCAGUGACAAGUUUGUGCGGCUGAAACCACCACCACCACCACCACCUCCUCCAGUCUUGAGUAAGAAUGGGUUGCUGUAUUCUGUCUUCGUCUCAUUGCAACAUGGUUCAAUCUCCCUGAUAUACUGUACAUACUACCCUUUUUCCCUUGACCAUUUUAUGCCAGUAAUUCCUGGCUUCUCACACCUCUUGUUCUGCCACUAUUUUUAAAGUCAUGCAUAUUGGCAUCUAGUUCCAAGGUUUGCCACUCACAGCUUCUCUGCCAGGUGGCUAGGGUUAGUCAGCUCCCGUGCUUACCUGCAUUUUCAUGACCUCUGAAAUUUUUGUUACUUCUAUGGCUUUCUUUCCUGCCUUGGUGUCACUCUGUAGCCUUGGGCUGCUUGUCUUUGUUGGGUUCUGUUGGGCGGCUGGUUAAUUGUCGAGUCUACUCUGGUUUGUCUAUUGUCCACGGGGGUCUUCCACUCCCUGCCUCUUAUUCCAAUACACCAAGUCCAAUACAAUAUUCCAAUACACUUACACUAAGCUGUGGCUUAGUGUAAGUUAGGUGCAUGCUCUGGAAGCAUGUGAGAAGCCUCCACUCAGAAAUAGGGUGUUCAGUAUAGUAAAACAUCUUUCCAAGUCUAUGUCACAGAUUCAACCAUUCCUGCCUAGUUUGUUUUCUUUUGGCUGAGCUUCCUUCAGUGACUUAAAAUGAGGUUGCCAGCUUCACUAGUUCUGUUGAGAUGAUGGGUGCAGUAGCCUGAUUGAAGUUAGGGUAGCUUAGUUCCUUAAUCAUAUUUGUUAGUUUGCUGUACAGUAAUAGGCAUUCCUUGUUGCAGAUGAUGUUGAAACUAUUGUUCCACUCUUCCAUACGUCAUAAUAGCGAACUGGCUCCUUGGUGAUGGCUUGAGUUAGACUUGCCACUGCUUUCCUUAAUUCCUUUUCUUUGUGAACUCAUUUUCCAAAAAGAUAGUUAAUGUGGCUGAGGGCAAAGUGAACGAGGGCCUAGGAGGAGUUACAAGUCCUAGAUGGACUCAGGCUCAUUAUGAACUAAAAAAUUUCAUUACACUUGACACUAUUUUUUACUUGCUAGCAAUUAAAUAUUGUUUAAUUAAAGAAUCUUAUUUGACUUAUCAUUAUUAGAUUUUGUGUGAAUCAUCAAUGUGUUUCACUUAAUAAAUUUCAUACCGGUAAAGAUAUAUUAAUUAAUGUAAAUACUGUAGAGAAUAGUUAAUAAAUAAUUGUAAAUAAUUAUUAUACAAACCAGAUGUGACCAAGUCUAUUUUAGGCAAUUUAAGAAAAUAUCAUUGUAAAAUUAUUAUCCAAAAGUCAAGGUGAUAAAUACUUUGAUUUGUAACAAAUUUUAAUAGAUUCUUUUGUUUUGCCUCCAAGAGUGAUAGUUAUUGUGAUAAUCAGUUAAUGGCUGCUGGAGAUGUUGGGAAUAUUAACCAUGUAUAUUUCUGGCUGUUAACAAAAAUGGUUGAAGACAAACUAGUGGGCAGAAAGCCAGUUGUUUGUAAUAUCAAAUGUGGUAUCGCUGACUAUUGCCGUAGGUCAUUUAAUACACACAAAAAAUCAAGCACUGAAUUAAUGAUCUAUCUAAUUCAGAUUCAUGCAUUUGUUGUGAAACAUAAUGUGCAAAUACUGUCUUUGUGAGACAUGAUUUAGAUGGACAUCAAUUAGUGAAUGGCUGAUUGCUCACCAUCACCAAUCAGCUGUGUGAUUUGCCAGUUAAAACAUUAGUGUUCCGGUCCCUCACCAUGUGCCUAACCAGGUUUCUUGGGACCCCGAUUAACGAUGCAUAAAAUGUUUAUGACUUUUAUGUUUUUUAAGUUAUUUUUGGGGGUUAAAAACAUUUAUUUGGUGUCAAAAUAGAAAUGUGUGAACAUGAUCGAUCAUUAUAACUGUAAAAUUAAAAUAAAUUCAACUUA